AUGCGUGACAAAUUUUUAGGAAGAUCCUGGGAUAUGCAUUCGUUGCCGUUUACGUUCUCGAAUUUCGCCGAAAAACGACGUGUUCGCGAAUUAUUCGGAAAGCGGUCAUCACCGGCUAUGAUAGAGGAUAAUGAAGAAGUACCAGAAGAUCAAAAUCAUUCCACAGAAGACUAUAUGACGCAAUUGCACCGCGAUCGACGUGGACGUGUACGAGAGCUGUUCGGCUGA